AUGUCCAUCCUCAUCCCCAUCAGCAAAGAACUUCUGCCUCUUCAAGGAGAUACCAUUCUGUCCAAGCCCUUUCUGCCACAUCCAGCAAAAAUCACAGCCAAAAUGCUGAUAGCCAUUCUUGCCCUUCUCUCCUUCCUCUUGGCCUUCGGCCUCCACCACGUCCUAUCCCACCAAACCCGCCUCUUGCACCAAAUCUUCAACCAAACCAUCUUCAACACCUUCCAGCUUGCUCGUCUUAUUGGCCCUCCAAACCCCAACGACUCACUGACAAUUCCCGACCCCAUUUCUGAUUCAACCUCCGUCUCUAAAAUACCAGCGGCCCAAGCGCUAGCCACCAAGCGCGUCAACUACGCCCGUUCCGUUAUCGAUUUCUCAUAUGCCGGGCCCAAACUCGAUUUGGAAAACCGCCUUAGUCUCCGCGCCCUGGCCAACUCCCGUCUAGUUACGGCGUUCGGCAUCAACACGUCGCUCACCAGUUCGUCGGUCACCGUCCAUCAGGAGUUUCGCAAGUUGGCGAAUGCGUCAAUCAGCAAAAGUAAUGCAGAUUGGCAGAAGCUUUAUGAAGUGGCCAUGAACUUUCUUCGGGUGAAUGAAGCCGGCCAGGAUAUGGUUCGCUUGGCAGAGUGUGUUCGAUGCCUGUGCUUUGUUGUCGUUCUGGUCUCACAGUUUGGGGCAGACCUUACGAAGCUUGAUGAGGGCUUAGUAAAGAAGGUUACUGAUGAGAUCAAUGCGCAAUGGCUGAGGAGUAAGGUGAAUGAUGGGACUUUGAGGAGGUCGGCGAGAUUGAGUCACUAUCUUUACACCCUUUUUGAAGAUCCAGAGAAAUCGGUUGUUGAGGGUGCAACUAUCAGCUCAACGCAGGCACUUGGAUUGAUCAUGCCGCAGUACGAGACACUGUGGCGUGUAGUGCUCCUCACCUAUGUCACUGCGUACCACCGGCAGUCUGAUAGGCGGAGUUUGAAGAAAAGAGUCAGAGAUGUUCCAGUGUGUUUGGGGAACGCUGCCAAGGAGAAGGAGGCACUCAAGUUAGCAAAGGAGGGCCUGCGUCUCUACCCAUCCAACAACAGAAUCUAUCGUGCUGUCCCUGGCCCUGAACCUCCAAUUUUGGUUUCAGCAGAUGUUCAAGCAUGCCAUCGUGACCUCGCUGUCUGGGGUCUCGACGCUCUUGAGUUUCGACCGGAGCGGUUUGACAAUCUCGCACCUCUCCAGAACGAAGCCUACUUCCCUUUCUCUCUAGGCUCCCAUAAAUGCCCGGCUAUCAGCGGCUUCGGGAACAGGAUGGUUACUAUGCUCGUGGUCUCCAUGGGAAGGGCUCUUUCUCCAGAAACUGGAAGGCUGAAUUUCAGAGAUGCUAAACUGGACGACGACACUAGAACGUCUUUGCCGACUGGGCGGGACGAGAUGGAAAAAUGGUCCUGGGAUCGGACAUAUGUUUAG